UUUAAGGCAAACAAACGUUAUGAUGAAUAAUUCCAAAGUAUGAGUGGCUUUCAAAAGCUACUGUCCAUGGUUACUCAGCCGCGUUUUCGUCUCACCCAAGCAACAUCCAGCCUCUUCUUCAGCCAAACAUUACCCUCAAGCUUCGGAUUCUGAACUGGGGUUUUAGGGUUUAUCAGAGUAUUAUGUGUUGCAGAAGUUCAAUAUGAUUGACUCUGGGCUUUUUGAUGAGAAUGGCAAUGACCAUAGCUCAGAUGAUAUGUUUGAUGGCAUCAUUGAUAUUUUUGAUUUCCCCAUGGAAGAUGUGGACAUUGGUGGAGAGGUAGAGGAGCUGCAAGGUGAAUCAUCACCUUUGAAUGAUUUCUUGGCCCUUCCCUGUCCUUUCUCGGGCAAUUCUUGCAAUGACACUUCAAACCUUCGAACAAUUCCAUCUGAUGAAGCUCCUCGGACAGAGCCAAUCGUCAUAGAUACUUGUAGUGGAAAUAUUUCUCUCCAUGGGGAUUCUUCUGAUGACAAAGAAUCACUGCUGCUGCAAAACUCUACAACCUCUGAAUCCGGAAAAUCUGCCUCUGAACCAUUUGCCCAAACCAUUGAAGCUUCAGAAGGCUAUCCCAACUUCAUGAAAGGAAAGCAGAAGAAGAAAAAGAGAAAGAAGCUAUCACUGCUAUCAGGCGCUAUGGGGGUAAAGAAACAGUGGUGGCAGCAGCCGAUUACAAUUGGGAGAUGCAUGCACUGUAAUGUAACAAGGACCCCACAAUGGAGGGAAGGACCAAAUGGGCCCAAGACUCUUUGCAAUGCAUGUGGAGUUUGCUACAAGCGUGGCAGCCUCUUUCCAGAGUACCGUCCUGCAUCCAGCCCUACUUUUGUUUCAUCUUUGCACACAAACUCCCGCAGAAAAGUUACCGAGAUGAGACACAAAGCUGGUCAAGAGGCUGCUGUUGGAGCAAGUCCAACCUUUCUUACUACACCUCUGCACACCAAUUCCAGCGACAAGGUUAUAAAGAUGAGCAACAAAGCCGGUCAGGCUGGGGACUCUUGCAGUGAGGUUGUGGAGAUAAGAAACAAAGGCAUCCAGGUGGGGGCUACCUUCCUUGCAACUUCAGAUUCAAAGCCCGAUGAGAAAGUUACUGAAGCUGACAUGGAGGCUUCUACGGCAGUUAGUCCCAUCCCUGUUGCAACUUUGCCCUCACCCCACAGGAAGGUGAUUAAGAUGAGAAGUAAUGGUGGGCAGGAGGCUGCUAUGGCCACAACUCCUACCUUUGUUGCAUCAUUACACUCAAACUCCCACAAAAAAUGUUCCUUCCAGCAGCCAGUUACUGUUAGGAAAUGCAUGCAUUGUGAGGCAACACAGACCCCUUUAUGGAGGCAAGGACCAUGGGGACCCAAGAGCCUCUGCAAUGCAUGUGGGAUUCGAUACAAGUCUGGCCGUCUCUUCCCAGAGUACCAUCCUGCUGCCAGUCCUACCUUUGUUGCAUCUUUGCACUCAAACUCCCACAAGAAAGUCUUAGAGAUGAGAAACCAGGCUACCCAACAACAGCUUUCUUUGGCUGCAACAGAUACGGCAAUGUCCCACCCCUCACAAUUCAUUCCAUGAAGAAGGAAUUUAUUGUUCAGUUGGCGUGCACAUCCACCUGCGAUCCCAGGCGUACACGUGUCAUGGGGGUGGUCCACCUUCUGGAGGGGGUGGACCUCCCCGCUGCAUUGGAAGACAAAACGACAGAGAUUCCAUGAAGUGGGGCCCAACACGCAGUGAAACGUCGCAUCGCUCGCUUGAUCACCCCAACCCCACCCCUUUAAUGAUGGGGCUUGUUAAUGAAUCCAGAUCAAGCCACUGCUGCUCCAACACGUGGUACAUCACACUCCUCAGCCACCCAGCGGUCAACCACUUCGGCCUCCAACUGUUGGGUUGUCCCUUAGCUGUCAAGGGGGAUGAGUGAGCACCGGGGGCGCAUGUUAGCGUGGGCGGUCUGGAGGGAGGAUAUCGGCGUCAGUGACAGUGGCGUCAGUUGGGCUGUCGCCCUUUUUGGGUAGGGACCCAAACCAUGGUCCAUGCCUCCAUGGUUAAGCCCGAUUAAAUCGCCGAUGUGGGAGGCGAGGGCUUAUUGCCUGGUAAGCAAAACAAAAACAAAAAGGAGAUGGAACUAAAAAGUGAAGAGACGGGUGUGACGGUUUAUGGUAUGGUAUUCGUGAUUUGAUCUGUUUUGGUUUGCACUUUUAGGCUCUCAAUUGUUUGUGAAAAAAGGGUUGGGCGAAGAAAUUUACACCAACCAAAUUCCACCCUUUUCAUUGCAACCGCCUAAAUGGGUAUUCUGAUUUGGAGUUUUCGUA